AUGUUGAUCGUGACGAUCAGUGUUCUUCUUUGGAUCGUUCUUUUGGAUGUUGACGAUCAGUGUUCUCUUGUGGUUGUUGAUCGUGACGAUCAGUGUUCUUUUUCUUGGUUGUUGAUCUUGUUGAUCGUGACGAUCAGUGUUCUUCUUGUGGUUGUUGAUCGUGACGAUCAGUGUUCUUUCGGGUUGCUGAUCGUGACGAUCAGUGUUCUUCUUGCGGUUGUUGGUCAUGACGAUCAGUGUACUUCUUGGUGGUUGUUGAUCGUGACGAUCAGUGUUCUUUCUGUGGUUGUUGAUCGUGACGAUCAGUGUUCUUCAUUGUUCUUCUUGUGGUUGUUGAUUGUGACGAUCAGUGUUCUUGCGGUUGUUGAUCGUGACGAUCAGUGUUCUUCUUGUGGAUUGUUGAUCGUUGACGAUCAAUUAUUCUUCUUGCGGUUCUUGUCGUGGUUGUUGAUCGUGACGAUCAGUGUUCUUCUUGUGGUUGUUGAUCGUGACGAUCAGUGUUCUUCUUGUGUGUUCUUCUUGUGGUUGUUGAUCGUGACGAUCAGUGUUCUUUGCGGUUGUCGUGACGAUCAGUGUUCUUCUUGUUGUUGUUGGAUUACGAUCAGUGUUCUUCAUUGUUUGAUCGUGACGAUCAGUGUUCUUCUUGUGGUUGUUGAUCGUGACGAUCAGUGUUCUUCUUUGUUCUUUCUUGUGGAUGUUGAUCGUGACGAUCAGUGUUCUUCUUGGAUGUUGAUCGUGACGGUCAGUGUUCUUCUUGUGUUGUUGAUCGUGACGAUCAGUGUUCUUCUUGUGGAUGUUGAUCAUGACGAUGUGUUCUUUGUAGUUGUUGAUCGUGACGAUAUCAGUGUUCUUCUUGCGGAUGUUGAUCGUGACGAUCAGUGUUCUUCUUGUGAUUUGUUGAUCGUGACGAUCAGUGUUCUUCUCGUAGUGGUUUCGUGA